UGUACCAUGAAGUUUCAUCUCUUUUUCUUUAUUCUGCUCUUUGGGGUCACAGUUUUACCAGCCAAAAGGAGAUAUCCCGAGUACGGUAGCUUGGAUUUGAGAAAAGAGUGCCAAAGGAGCAAAGGGGUGUGCAGAGCACUCUGUCUGCAGAAUGAAAUUAGGGUUACGUUCUGCAUAAGGCCAGGAAGCCAGUGUUGCAUGAGCAGCUCAGGUUGA